GCGUCUCUUCCGUACAGUAUUAAUUCAGCCUCUGACUGAUACAGAGCUGACAAAUUUCGAAUCGUCAAUAAGUGUAUUUACCUUCAUUAAUUUAAACUUUGAUUAACUAGAAUACUAGCUAACUGGAAUAAGUGAACCGAAAAUUGAUAAAAAUGGCUAGUCAAAUUUUCGCCACGUCGUCGAUCGAAAGCUUUGCACCUAUCUAUCCGAUCAUCGCGAUGGACUUCUCGGAUACAAAUUAUGAAAAUAUUUGGAUGAAUUUGGAUGAAGUAAAAAUCGCAAGCCCUGCAGCGAUGCAUCCGAUAUCCACGACAGACUUUUUGGAAAUGGGUUGUGGAAAUGUUUUGACAGAUCUGGAUGAAGAAAAACUGUUGAACAGUAUUUUCAACGAGGGCAUAAACACGACUAACAAUGACGCGAAUUCCGUACAAACUUCUGACGAUGAUAUGCAAGAAUUUAUGAGAGAAUUUGUUCUUAUUAGUCCCAAAGAUACUAAACCGCAAUUGAGUUAUACGUUGGAUAAUUCAGAGGAGAAUUUAUCAAGAAGUUCCGAGUAUAAACCUGUAUCGCCUAAUACCGAAAAUGACCAGUCUCUGCUGUUUACUGAUAUAUCACAAACAACGCAGAGCUCGCCGGAAGCCUCCAGCUCUCCAGUAACCACCCCAAAACCAUCGAUCAAUAUCAACAACAUCCCUUUGUCCUUUCGACAACAACGAUACCGAUCUCUAAAACUCUCGCAAGUCUGCGAAGUCUGCGGAAAAGCCUUCAGGACGCGUCAACACCUGCAACGUCAUCGUCUCGAAAAACACGCGGAAGAUCUGUGCCUGGACUUGGUCCCCUAUACCUGUCAACAAUGCAACAAGCAUUUCAAGCGUCGGGAACAUCUGCAGAUCCAUCAACGCACGAAACACUCCAACGUCAAGGAUUACAAGUGCGAGACCUGUGGAAAAGAAUUCGUCACUAAGAGUCACCUCAAGAGACACAUGCUGUAUCACGAGAGAACGAAAACCAAAACUGCGUCGAUUUGCACAGGCUGCGGGAGAGCUUUCGCGAGAAAGGGUAAUUUGGCUAAGCACGUGGCUAACGGGUGCAUUGGUAUUAGGUCACCUGGUGCAUAAAUUUGAAGGGACGAUCGAAUGUCAGGACUCUUUUUAUAUUAACUAAGCUGCUGAGCAGCGUAUAAAUCUAAUCGUUGUUUCUUCUGUUUUUGGACUUGCAGCUUUGUCUAACAUUAGCUGUGUACUGUAAUUUUAUGUCAAAUUGAUUUUGUACUAUUUCGAGGCAAAUAAACGAGGAUAUUUUGCAGAGAA